AUGACGGCCUCAGUCCGUGUCUUUCAUCCUCCCCAGUCCAUAGCCGAACGGCUUGCUGAGCCCAACUACUCCUACAACACUCCUCGCAGCCUCCCAGAUCUUCCCGACUCAUCAAAGGAGUCCGAAGCAGCUCGGUCUCAGUCUCAGACGCCGACCCCCACGCCGGCUCAACGGCAGCCUCCUCAGCUGUCUGCUGCAUACACCAGAGUCCCCAAGGCGACAUACCACGAAUCCAUGAUGGAGGGAGGCAUUACUUUCGGCGCCCAGGAUAAGCUACCGAAGCUGCCCAUCCCUGAGCUCGAGAACUCUGCUCGCAAAUACCUAGAAGCCCUGAAACCACUCCAGUCCCCCAGAGAGCAUGCCGAAACAAAGCAUGCCGUCAGCGAGUUCCUCAGAGAAGAAGGUCCUGAUCUGCAAGAAAAGUUGAAGAGAUAUGCACAAGGCAAGACGAGUUACAUCGAGCAGUUUUGGUACGACUCGUAUCUCAACUUUGACAAUCCCGUAGUACUCAACCUCAACCCUUUCUUCCUCCUCGCAGAUGACCCGACCCCAGCGAGAAACAACCAGGUGACCCGUGCUGCUUCCCUCGUCGUGUCUUCUCUGGAGUUCAUCCGGGCAGUGAGAAAAGAAGAGCUGCCGCCGGAUAAGAUCAAGGGAACUCCUUUGUGCAUGUAUCAGUUUUCACGCCUCUUUGGAACAGCCAGAGUCCCCACGGAAGCUGGAUGCCAGAUUGAACAAGACCCUGAAUCAAAGCACAUCGUUGUCAUGUGCCAUGGCCAGAUCUAUUGGUUUGACGUUCUCGACGACAACUCAGAUGUCAUCAUGACUGAGAAGGAUAUUGAGCUCAACCUACAAACGAUUGUCGACGAUGCUACCCAGACCCCCAUCCAGGAUGCGGCAAAGAACGCCCUUGGUGUGCUCAGCACAGAGAACCGCAAGGUGUGGUCUGGCUUACGAGAUAUCUUGACCCGUGAGCAUGGUUCCAACAAUGCCGACUCGCUCAAUAUUGUCGACUCAGCCCUCUUCGUCCUGUGCCUUGACUAUAUCGAGCCGACCAAUGUUGCGGAUCUCUGCCAGAACAUGCUCUGCGGAACCAGCGAGGUCAAGAACGGCGUACAGAUCGGCACAUGCACCAACCGCUGGUACGACAAGCUCCAGAUCAUUGUCUGUAAGAACGGCAGUGCGGGAAUCAACUUUGAGCAUACAGGCGUGGACGGCCACACAGUGCUCCGGUUUGCAAGUGACGUCUAUACCGACACCAUUCUUCGCUUCGCACGCACCAUUAAUGGACAGGCGCUGACCCUCUGGACGUCUACCAGCCCCGACCCGUCCAAGCGAGAGAUUGAUAGUUUCGGAGACGUCAACACCACCCCUCGAAAGCUCGGAUGGGAUAUGAUCCCCGAGCUGAGCAUCGCGGUGCGGUUCGCCGAGACUAGGCUGGCAGAUUUGAUUGAACAGAACGAAUUCCAGUGUCUCGAUUUCUCCACCUAUGGCAAGCACUUUAUUACAUCGAUGGGAUUCUCGCCCGAUGCCUUUGUCCAAAUGGCAUUCCAGGCGGCGUAUUACGGUCUGUAUGGAAGGGUCGAGUGCACUUAUGAGCCUGCCAUGACCAAGACCUUCCUGCACGGCCGCACAGAGGCCAUCAGACCCGUAACAAAGGAAUCUGUUGAUUUCGUCCAGACGUUCUGGGGCGAUAACCCGGUCGAGCAGAAGAUGGAGGCUCUCAAGCGUGCUUGCCAGAAGCAUGUUAACAACACCAGGGAGUGUUCAAAAGCGCAGGGAUGCGACAGACAUCUCUAUGCGCUCUUUAGCGUGUGGCAAAAGUAUGUUGAUGAUUUGAUUGAUAGCGGCAUGAGCAGCCCUGGAGCGUCAAGCCCAACGACGUCUUCACCGACAGCAAGCCCAAGGAGCUCCAACUUGUCACUCGACGGUGUCGAAGUCAGGUCGACCAGGGAACGCGGCGACAGCACAAACUCCAGAUCGCGAGACCACCACCCGCUCCCUCUCAUCUUUGCCGAUUCUGGCUGGGACAAACUGAACACGACGAUUCUCUCGACCUCAAACUGCGGCAACCCUUCUCUUCGCCACUUUGGAUUCGGACCGACGUCAGGAGAUGGAUUUGGUAUCGGCUACAUUAUCAAGGACGACAGCAUUUCCAUCUGCGUGUCGAGCAAGCACCGACAGACGAAGAGAUUUGUGGACACGCUGGAGAGCUACCUGUUGGAAGUCCGACGCAUCCUGCGCAUCACAAACGGCAAGGUGGUCAGCACAAAGGGAAGCAAGGCACGCGAAGCCGAGCUGGCUCGACCGAAGCCAUCCAACCGACUCAAGUCUCGAGGCAGGUUGAUCACCAGCCCGGACGCGGUCAAGUCGGGAGGCAGGCGCCUAAGUCUGGUUCCGGGAUCGCCAACAGAAACAAGCUUCACAAGCGAUGACGACGAAUUAGGAGGCUAUGGCUUCUUCGAUGCCGGAAUGCUUUUCCAGGCCCUCAAGGCUCGCGGAAACACCGUCGAGGAGGAGCACAAGGCGUCGGAGCGAGUAGCAGGGCAUGCGAAGAGGCGAGACGUUGGCAAAAAGCUGCGUCUAGUCACGGAAUAA